ACUGGAACAGAACACAUGGUACGGAUCAUUUUUUUGUGAGUUGCCAUCAGAUGGCAUUGAAGGUAACCCAAGGAGUUCCAGAUCUUGCCAACAGAGCUAUUCGAGUCGUAUGCAAUCCUGAGUAUAUUGAUGGAUUUGUUAAAGAGAAGGAUCUAGCCCUCCCUCACAUACUACUGCCAUUUGAACAUCCAGCUGCUGGAAAUGAUAUAAAGAAGAGAACUAGACUGGUUCUAUUGGGAGAUGAUGACCUUUCUGAAGAAAUAGCUUUGCGGAAUGGUACAGAGUCAGAGUUUUCCAUGACGAACAACCAUACUGUGUCAUUGCUUCGCGAAAGAACAAGAGACUAUAGGAAUAUUGCAUCACGGACUUUAGAUUACAAUACAAGUAAGUUUUGCCUGUGUCCUGGUGGAUCUCAAAUGGGUGCUGGGCGUAUUGCAGAUGCCAUUCACUAUGGAUGUGUUCCUGUUGUUUGGCCAGACCAGUAUGAGUUGCCAUUCUCUAGCAUGAUGAACUGGAGUGCAUUUUCUGUACAAAUGGAGCAAGAUGAUUAUCUUGCAUACGAUGUUUUGCAGUUUCUUGAGGAGAUAACAGAAGCAGAAUAUAGAAAUUUGCAAGAAAAUACAAUGAAGGUUCAGAAAUACUUCCAAUGGAAUUCACCUCCCAUCAAAUAUGAUGCAUUUCAUUUGACUAUGUAUCAACUCUGGCAACGCCUGGGCCUUCAUGCUUCAGAUACCAGAUUCCUUAUUGCACUUACAGAUUUUUAGGACUUGGACAAUGUUUGAAGCAUGAGACAACUGCAACUGCCAUCCCCCUGGUAAAAAGGCACUAGACCAGAUUGACAAGGUGUGCCCAUUGGCAUCUUCCUGUAACAAAAUGCAAGUACUGUUUUUCAGGAUAGGAAUCUGGUAAAUAUGUUACACAAAUCUCUUGAUUCUGAGAGUGAAUAUUGCAAGUCAUUGUGAAGUUUCCCCUAGACAUGCAGUACUGUCUUUGGUAAAUAUGUUACACAAGUCUCUUGUUUCUGAAAGUGGAUGGUGCUUUUUGGCAUCUUUAGGACUUCACAUUGUUUUGCUCAGCUUUUACGUUUAGGAUCUAAAGGCAUGUCUUGUCUACAAUACAACAAUGCACUAGCUGUCCUCCCUGGUAAAUAAGACAAUGUUUUUUUUAAUACAGUAUGUUGUGCAUA